UGUUGCGGUAUUUAGCAAAUACCAGUAGGCUAUAAAAUUGAAUUGUAUAAAAUUCCUAAAAUGACAGAUAAUUUAAUGUUCCGGUGUACGAAACAUUAAUUCAAAUCAAUUUCAAGGAAUUUUAAAUAAAACUAAAAGCUUUUUAAGUAAUAAGUAAAUGUUAAUUUUGCUUUUAAGAUAUUCAUCGAUUCUCGAUCCACUAAUUGAAAUGGGUCAAGACAAUUCCAAGCCCAGCACAUAUGAAGAGGAUAAAAACGGGGGAAAGGAUUACAAAAAAGCAAAGAUUGGCGCAAUUUCCAUCUAUGAUAACGUAGUGCCGAAAUGGAUUCAUAGAAAUGUGUUUUUGGAGAUUCUUACAGAACAUAUACCAAAUUUUAAAAGGAUCAAAAAGUUUCGUGUGGGCCUAGCAAAUUCGGAUGAUGAAAAUUAUUCAUCGUUGUUGCUUAGGGUUCGCAUCAAAGUAGAGUUGACUGAUGAAACCAUUGAGCACUUAUCAUUUAUAUUAAAAGUACCCCAUGAGUCGGCUGAGAUGCAGCAAAUGCUUAAGACCGUAAACUUUUUCGACAUAGAAAAUGCAACAUAUACCGAUCUUAUAAGCAAGUUUCAGUCAUUUUAUGAGGAUUUAGGCUUAGAUAUAGUAUUUGCACCAAAGCAUUAUCGAUUUAAGACUGGCUUGGAGAACGAACCCAAGCUAGCUAAUACUGUGCUAAUGGAGGAUCUCUGUGAGCAAGGCUAUGCGAAUCUGAACCGCCUGGAGUGCGUUAACUUUGAGCAGACCAAAAUGGUGCUACAAAAGCUGGCACAAUAUCAUGCUGCUGGUGCUCAGUGCCGAGUCGUCAAUGGUCCUUAUUCCUCAAUCUAUACGCAAGAGAUGUUUGACGCCAACGAGGAUCGUUGUUUGUUUAUACUGAAUGGGAUUAUGGGACCGUUUAUGUCAAUGUUUUUGGAGACUCUAAAAAGCUAUAAAAAUGGUGAUAUCUAUUAUGAUAAGUUUCUAACUAUUUCAGCAAAUUUAAGCAAGCGCUUUUUCACCUUGAGCAAGUAUGAUCCGGAGGAGUUCAAUGUCAUCAAUCAUGGGGAUUGCUUUGUGAACAAUUUACUCUUCAAGUUCGGUACAGAGGACAAGUUAAUUGAUGUGCGCUUUGUGGAUUUCCAGUUGCCACGCUAUGGACAUCCCUCUAUUGAUUUAUUCAAUUUUAUAUUGACAUCUGUGCAUAUAGAUUACAAGCUUAAGCAGUUUGAUUAUUUUAUCAAAUAUUAUCAUGAUCAGCUAAUCAAGCAUCUGCAAUUAUUUGAAUAUAAAGAAUAUAUACCUAGUCUAAAAGAACUACAUAUGGAACUCUAUAAAUAUGGCAUAUACGCUAUUACCGCUUCAGUCAUGGUGCUGCCCGUGGUGCUAAUGGAACCCAGGGAGGAGGAGUCCAUAGACGGCAAGCAAUUCAAGGAUCUGCUGUACACAAAUUCACGCUAUCGUGCGUAUAUUGAGGAAAUACUUCCUUGGCUAGACAAUCGAGGACUUUUGGAUAUGUGAACAGCAAUAACGUUACAUUUUUUAGAUUAUAGUUUAUAUAUAAACGCGUUCUAUUUGAAGUAACAAAAUAA